GCAAAAUCUUUUAUUUUGCAUUCUUCGCGAUCUUACAGCCUAAGCUACCUCAGCCCGACCCCAGGAUGGCUGAGCGCCGGAUGGUCACGUCCGCCAUUAUAGCUGAAGAAGAAACAAGGACACAUGUGAUCAAGAUAGAGGGAUACUCAAGAACCAAGGAGCAGCUCCAGGCCAAGAACUAUACGAAAUCUGUCCCUUUUAAGGUCGGAGAUCACAACUGGGCUGUGAAGUAUUACCCAAACGGUUGCACGGCACAUGAUUACAUAUCUGUUUAUCUGGUUCUUCAUUCGGCUGGUUCCAAGGAUGUCAAGGCGAAAUUCACCUUUAGUUUACUUGACGAUGGUGGAGAACCAGUGCCUUCAUACACCAAAACUCUCGCACAACAUAUCUUCCCAAGCAAGGGUUCAGACUGGGGUUUGCCUCGUUUUAUCGAGCACAAGGAUCUCGAGGGAUCAGUGCAUCUAAGAGGCGAUAGUUUCAGAAUCAGGUGCGAUGUCACCGUCAUGAAGAUCUGUAGCAAAGAGUCACAUGAGAAUCAGUUUGUUGUGGUUCCUCCAAGCAACAUGCAUCAGCAGCUCCGUAGCCUCCUGGAAAGCAAGGAUGGAGCAGACUUGGCCUUUCAAGUCGACGGCGAGAUGAUCUCGGCUCAUAGAUCUGUGCUUGCUGCUCGUUCAUCUGUCUUCAAGGCAGAGCUCUUUGGUACCAUGAGGGAGAAAGCUGGUGAUCCGAUCGAAAUUGAUGAUAUAGAAGCUGAUGUGUUCAAAUCCUUGCUCCAUUUCAUCUACACGGACUCACUCCCCGAGACAACUCGUGAAGAUGUGGUGAUAGCUAGCCAUCUACUUGUAGCGGCGGACAGAUACGACAUCGAGAGGCUGAAGCUGAUAUGUGAGGAGAAGUUGUGCAAUCACAUUGACACAAAAGUUGUUGCCGCGAGUUUGGCUUUGGCCGUGCAGCAUAACUGCCAUGGACUCAAGGAGGCUUGCUUUGAGUUCCUUGCUUCUCCUUCCAAUUUGGAGGCAAUGAUCGCAAGUGAUGGCUACCAGCAUCUCAAAAGCAGCUGCCCGUCUGCUCUCAAAGAGUUCAUUGCUAGAUUCUUGCCUGUUGAGCUGAUAGCAGCCAAGGAUAUUAUCAUGUCAAUUUGAUUAGUACUUGCGUGUGUGGGUUGGGUACUGAUGAUCAUAUCAUCUAUCAAGUGAAUUACUUAGUAUCUAUUAUGUGUGUGUGUGGGUCUGCCCUCAAAGAGCUGACUGCCAGGCCCUUGCCUAUUGAGCUGACAGCAACCAAGGCUAAUAUCAGGGCAAUUUAAUUAGUACUUGCAUGUCUGGGUACUA